AUGACGGAAGUGUUGGAGGUUCUCAAGGACUCGACGAUUGCGUCGAAGAGUGGAAAGGACGAACGGUCUCGUUUCUGGAGGGUGUACAAAAGAGUCGCGGAGGAACACGACAGCGAGUUCCUCGAGCGAUACACUAGCGACAUGAACAUCGUCCUGAUCUUCUCUGGUCUUUUCUCCGCUGUCGGCACGUCUUUCAUUGUCGCGAUGGAGUCCGAUUUCAGUCCCGACCCCAGCGACACCACAAAUGCACUUUUGAAGCAACUCGUGCAGAUCGGACUCGGCAAUCUCGCUGAGGCAGGCUCCGCUCCCGUAGACCCAGCAUCUGGGUGGUCUCCGACUGCGUCGACCUUAUGGGUCCAAACGAUCGCAUAUGCGAGUUUGUCUAUGAGCUUGCUCGCUGCAUUUGGGGCGGUGCUGGGAAUGCAGUGGCUAGGGUACUACAAGUCGAAGAGAUAUGGCCGCGGCUCGCAGGAGCAGCAAGGGAAGCGCCGGCAAGAGCAGUUCGACGGCAUUGUGACAUGGUAUUUUGAUGCUGUGGUGCAAUCGUUUCCGGUCUUACUUCAGAUCUCUCUUCUUCUGUUUGGGAUCUCUCUUGGCGCCCAUCUGUGGUACGAGCAGGCGAGCAUCGCCUGGGUCCUCAUCGCAACGACGGUCUUCGGAUUUUUAUUUUAUUCCCUGACUGUGAUGGCAUGUUUAAUAUCUCCCGCUUGUCCAUUUCAGACACCAAUAUCAACGCUAUUACACGUUUUGCGCAUCGACAGUAAGAUCAUUUUGCCGAAUUCUGGUGGUUGUUUCCCAUCUGAAUCAACAUUGCAGGGGUUCUACACCAGGUAUUCAAACGAGUUUCUUGUCAUUUGCAGCGGGCCACGAUGUUAUUGCAGGGUGAGUUAUGUCUUCUUUCAUGUGCACAGGUUUUGA